AUGAUCAAGCGGCCCUGUCCCCUGCUCCCCGUUCCUCAGGUGGUGCGACUCCCCAAGCCGCCCCCAGACCGCUGGCCGGUCGGCCCCGACGGCAAGCGGGACGUCCCCAUCGGCGGCUCAGACGACGAGGACGGGCCGUCGGAAGACGAGCGGGCGGCGCCCGGGGGCGGCGGCGGCGGCGGCGGAGAGCGCGGCGAGAGCGGUCGAAGGCCGGGGUCUGGCGGCGGAGGGGAAGGGGGAGAUGAGGCGCGGGAGGCGGGCGUGCCGCCGAAGAUGUCUGGGGCGCACAAGACGGCGCUAGCGAAGCUGCCUGAUGUCAUCGACUGGCUGCUGUCGGCGCUCGGAGCCGCCAGCGAGGGGGCCGCCGCUGGCGGCGGCGGCGGCCAGGGUGCCGGCAGGCCGCCCGGGCGGCAGCGGCGGCAGCAGCAGCAGCAGCAAGGUGCCAAGCAGCAAGGCGCCGAGGGGCAGGGCGCUGCCGCGAGCGUGGGAGCGGCCGGGUGUGAAGCCAGCAGCGGCGCGGGCGCUGGUGGCGGCGGCGCGGACAGCGGCGGCAGCGGCGGCAGGCGGAGGGCGGGCGGCGUGGCGGGGCUGCCGAAAUUCCUCGUUUUUGCACACCACAGGGAUGUGAUGGACAAGCUGGCAGAGGCUCUGGGCGGCUACACAUACGGGGACUCUGCAGCCGCCGCGGCCGCGGCCGCGGCGGGCGACACCGAUAGCAUGGGGAGCGGCGCCGCCGACGGCGGCGGCGAGGGCGGCGAGGGCGGCAGCGGCUGGCGCGGCGUGGGCUACGUGCGCGUGGAUGGCAGCCACGACAGCCGGGAGCGGCAGGCGGCAGUGCAGCGGUUCAGGUGCGACCCUUCCGUCAGGGUCGCACUGCUGAGCAUCACCGCCGCCGCGGUCGGCCUCGAUUUCGCGACGGCGGGGGUGGUGGUGUUUGUUGAGCUUCCAGAUGAGGUGGCCCUGGUGCGCCAGGCCGAGGACAGGGCCCACCGCAAGGGCCAGCGCAGCGCCGUCAACGUCUAUUUUCUAUGUGCCCGCGGCACGUCCGACGACAAGCGGUGGCAGCGGCUGAACAACAGCCUCUGCCAGAUCACGCAGGUCCACGACGGCGACGCGCGGCCUGGCGCGGCGGCCGCCGCGGGCGCGGGCGCCGGCGCAGACAGCGGAGGGCGAGGGGCCGAGGGCGGCGGUGGCGGCGGCGGCGGUGGCGUUGCGGGGGCGGCGGCCCGGGGGCGCGCGGGGAUGGGGCUUGUGGUAGACCGCGUGAUGGAGAUGGGCGCGGAGCCGCUGGCGACGCUGGAGCACGCCACCCAGGCGACGCAGGCGACGCAGGCGGCGGCGGGGCCGCCGGCGCAAACCGCGGAAGAGGCGUCGGAGCAGCAGCAGCGGCAGAGGCGCGACGGGGGCCCUCCAGACUCGCCGGAGCCGGCGGACGGGCGCGAAGCGGCUGCGGCGCGCGCGGCGGCAGCAGGGUCGCACGCAGCAGAAGCGGCGGCAGCAGCGGCGGUGGCCGCAGCAGGUGAUGACAUCAUCGAUCUCACGGGCCCAUCGCCGCCCAAGAAGCGGCCGCCCGCCUUCCAUCCGGAGCAGAAUCCCUCCAAGAAACCGCGACCCGCAGCCGCCGAGCCCCCGCAGCCAGUCCGCACGGAGGCAGCGGCUGCGGUGCAGCAGCACCCUGCAACGCAAGCGCGGCAGCAGGAGCAGCAGGGGCCGCAGCAGCAGCAGCCCGCGCAGGGCGCCCCGGAGGUGUGGUUCGAGGUCAGCCCGUACACCUCGCGGCUGCACUUCCACCUGGCGCCCGACGGCAGCCGCCCCCUGGGCCUGAGCCUGCCGCUGGAGCUCCUGGUGAUGCAGCGGGAGGGCGGCGGCCCGAUGCUGGAUGACGUCAUCGCGAGGUGGCCGGCGCCGGGGCAGGAGCAGCAGCAGCUGCAGCAGCUAGGACAGCAGGAACAGCAGCAGCUAGAACGGCUGCAGGAGCAGCAGCUAGACCAGCUAGACCAGCUAGACCAGCUAGAGCAGCAGCAGCAGCAGCAGCCAGAGGAGCAGCAGCAGGAGGAGCAGCAGGGCGUGGUGGGACACCUCCAGGUCCAGCAGGUGAACCUGCAGCAGGCAGAAGAGCAGGCACAGGAAGCUGGGGAGACACCGCAGAUGGAAGCAAGCUGCGCGCUGGGAGGCUGCGAGGACGCAGCGGCUGGGCGUGCUGGGGCCGGCAGCCAGGGGGUCAGCGGGGCAAAAUCGCCGCCCGCAUCGGCGGCGGCCGCAGGCGGCGGCGAGGGGCUCGGCGCGUCCACGCCCGUGCCGGCCAGCCGCCGCCAGCCUGGGGUGCCGCAGCGGCCGGAGGCCGCGGGUGGCGCUGAGGCCGCAGCUGCAGCCACCCCCAGCGGCAGCCAGCGCAGCCCCCUGGCCGAGGUGCUCGCCGCCUGCCUCAGCAGCGGCGGCGGCCGCGACAGUGCCAGCGGCGGAAGCACCGGCGGCCAGCGCGCGCGGCGCGGGCAGGCGCGGUCCGCCCUCUGCGGGCUGCUGCCCUCGCCGGAGCUCGCCGGCGCGUCUGCCUUUGACGCCGGCCUGCCGUCCCCAGGCCGCGGCGCGGGCGCUGAACAAGCGCAGGCGCCUCCGCCUGCGCCGGCGCCGCCGGCGAGCGGCAGCCGCGAGGGGCGGCAGCAGCGGGGCGGCUGCGGCGGCCGCGAGGGCUCGGCCGGCGGCACGCCGGGGUUUGUGGCGGCGACACCGCUUACUGGGGAGCGAGGAUCCCCUGGAGCGGCCCCUGCAGCCGCGCCGCUAGGCCAGGCGCCACCCUCGGCGCCGAAUCGCCACACCCGUUGCGCGAGUGCGGGCGGCGCGGGCGGCCUCGCGCUCGGCCUGGCGGCCGCCAACGAGACGCCCGGGUUCGUCGCCGCCACGCCGCUGGCGGAGUUUGCGGAUGCGCGGGUGGACCCCAACUUACCCAACCAACACCAGCAGCAGCAGCAGCAGCAGCAGCAGAAGCAGCAGAAGCAGCAGCAGCAGCAGGAUGAGGUGGAUGAGGAGGCAGACCAGGGGCAGCUGGCGCCCCCCGCCGCGCCCGCCUGCCGCUCCCACCCCGGGUUCCUCGGGCCCCUCGGCGUCGUCGCGCCCGCGGCCCCUCUGACUCGCGACCAGCUGCUGGAGCUGCUGUCAGCGGCCCGCACCUUCGCCUGCGACUGGGCCGAGCUGCGCGCUGUCACCCGCAACCGCCUGCACGGGCGCGUCGUCUCCUCAUGCCUGCAGGACGCCGCCGAGGCGCUCGGCGCCGCCGCCGCUGCCAGCGGCGCGCUGGGGGUCGGGACGGCCCGAUACCUGCAGGGCGGGGACGAGCGUGCGCUGCCGCCUGGGGCCGUGCUACGGGAUGUGGUAGUCCGCUUUGCAGGCGGCCGCGGCGCGCGUCUCGCCCGCUACCGGCAGCCGUUCGGGCCGGGGCCCGGCGGCGAGGCCGGCGCGGGGGCGCGGCUAUGCCUGCACUGCCUGAAGCCCGUCCCGGACUGCGACGCGCCGGCGGACUCUGUGCUGGAGGGCGGCGUGGACUUGUUCUGCGGGCUGGACUGCGAGAGGUCCUACUACAUCAAGUCCAGCUCGGGCGCGAUCCGCCGCGCGCUCUUCAAGCUCGAGCGGGGCGUCUGCCAGCUGUGCCGCCUGGACUGCCACGCGCUCGUCCAGACGCUGCAGUCCAUCGCCCGCGGCCCCGCCGGCUGGGAGGAGCGCCGCCGCGCGGCGGUGCGCCGGCUCGCGCCGCGGCUCGCGGGGCGGCGGUGCGCUGGCAUCGUCGACCGGCUGGUUGCGCAGCCGACCGAGGGCAUGGCGUGGCACGCAGACCACAUCCUCGCGGUCUACGAGGGCGGCGGCGGCUGCGAGCUCGAGAACCUCCGGACUCUCUGCGUCGCGUGCCACGCGGAGGUGACCCGGAGGCAGGCGGCAGCGCGCGCGGCGGAGCGGCGGCGGCGGAAGUUGAGGACGCCCGAUAUCCGGUCGCUGUUCGGCGCGAUGGCGGCGGCGGGCGGCGGCGGCGGGGGCGGGGGCCGAGGGGCAGGCGCGGGGGCGCAGGCGAAGCGGCCGCGGCGGGCCAAGGGGGCGGAGCCGGUUUUCCUGGAUUCGGACGAGUCACCCGUGCAGGCCGAGGCGGCUGCAGGUUUGGCGGCGCCGGUGGCGGCAGCCGCGCUGGUCGCGGGCGUGAAGGGCGGCGGCAAGCAGCAGCAGCAGCAGCAGCAGCAGCAGCAGCAGCAGCAGCAGCAGCAGCAGCCCAAUAAGCGGCGCGCGAAGGGUGUGCCGCAAGAGCCGCCGCCGCCUCCUCGGAGGCGGGCGCAGCAGCAGCAGCAGCAACAGGAGCAACAGGAGCAGCCGCAGAAUCAGGGGCCACCCGCUGAGGUCAUCAGCAUCCUAUCAACCAGCGCCGACGACAGCGGCCCCGCAGCCGCGCCAGCCCCCGCCGGCGUCGCUGACGCCGCAACCCCCGCCUCCAAGCGCCGCCGCGGGCCGCUGCCACUGCAGAGGGCGUCGCCGGCGGUGGCGGCGGCGUACGAAGGGGCGGCGCGGGCCGGCCAGGGGGGUGGCUUGGUGCCCGCCUCCCUCCUGGACCUGUUCCGAUUCGCUGGCGCCGGAGACGACCGCAAACCAGAGAGGGGCGGCGCCGGCGGGAGCCAAGGUGGUGCCGCGGCCGAGGACGCCGGCGCCGACGGCGCGAACGCACGGGAGGCGGCGGCCGGCUGGGGGCCCUCUGUCCCUGGACUGCCGCCACACGCCGCCAGCGUCCCAACUUCCCUGCGGCGGCUGCGCCAAGCAGCUCCUGCAGGCAGCUUCCUGGUUGGGGGCUUUGACGAUUACCCCAGCGGCACGUCCAUUGAGGGCACCGGCUCGUUGGGACGCGUGUUUGGCGGCCUGCUCUCCGCCAUCAACGGAAAUGCUGCAGUCGUCCCGCGCGUCGGCAGCAUCGCCGCCGCGGACUCCUCUGCAUCAGGGGCGUCGGCCGGCGAGCGGCGGCGCGCUGUGACGGGCCUCGAAGAGACCCCUCUCAGGACUGGGGGCGCCGGGAUAUCGGGCAGCGCCGCCAUCGACCCCCGCUUCAGCGUGGCCAAAACGAACAGCAGCGCGACGGCGGUGGCGAAAUCAAUCAUCUCGGAUGACAACCGCAGCUCUAAAGACCUCGGAUCAGGAGGAACGGUGUCAGGCUUCACGGUUUCCGAGGGCGGCGCUGCCUCGGACGCGGCCGCCCAGGCUCUGGGCGGCACCAGCAGCAACGCCGGCGAGAAGGCUGUGACCAGCCAAUUUGGCGUGCCGUUUGGCCAGGCGCUGGUGAUCCUGUCGGGCGCCAGGAGGGAUGGCGCAGACAACGAGGCCAGCACCCUGAUGACCGGGACAGGCGCGCGCGCACAUGUGCUAAUCCAUGUGAUGAGCCCGUCUGCCCCAAAAGCCUGGCUGAUCGUGCGCAAUGGCAACUGA